AUGGACGCCAGGCCGUUCCGCCCUCGAGGCAACGAAAACGCACCCGAUCUUCACCAACGGCACAAGUCAACCGGAAACCUGGCCACGAUGGCCUCGGCGGUAGCAGGCGGCCUUCGCGGUCCUGCUAAGCGAGCUGCGUUUGGCGACGUCACGAACCUCAGCAAACAGACCGGGCAUACACGCGACGAGAACAAAAUCAAGAUUCACACUUCCAACGGCACCACUCAAGGCCACGUAGCUGUUGCCAUCAACAAGGAAAACGUCAACUACAGCAAGGGUGGAUUUUCGCAUCCCGCGCAAAGGCCCAGCUCCCACGCACCCACUUCCAGACCUGCUCUCGAGAAUAAGGCUUCCGACGCGAACAAGAAGCUCGGGCGCGGCGCCCAGGAGGCUGCAGGUCAAGGCUACACCAAGAAGCCCGUUCAUGCAGUGUCCAAGGCUUCAACACUGUCAUCGGCCCAAAACGCACCCGCCCUUCAGCCGCGUCACCACAAGAGUCAGCCCCAGCUCAAACAAAAACAACAACCCAACCUCCGACGCACUCAAAGCAAGCAGCUCGAAAAGGUCGCGCCCAAGCCUGAUGCUGUCGAGACGGGCUACAAGAACACAAACGCUGUGUCAAUGCCCCUACAAGAAGAAUAUCCCUACGAUCACGCCGCCUACCUUGAUUCUCUCUACCUCCCUAUCGAAACUGGUGUUGACCUAGACGCGCUGCAGAAGGAAGAGUUCCACGAGGCUGCCACCAAGCUUCCUGAGAUCUCCGAGGAGGAGCCUGUGGUUCCCGUCCUGUCUGAGGGUCCUGCCCCUGCCAUGUCAGAGGCUGAAGAGUGCUGGGACGAAGAAGAAGAGGAUUUUGACGAUCAAGACCAAGCAUACACAACGGCGCAUUCUUUCCGUUCUCGCGAUCUGACCGCUGGAGGAGCUACAACAAUAGUGCCGCCACGAGUGACUGCCCGCGUACAGCGUGAACUAGAGGAAGCCCGUGAAGAGGUCGAGCGGAACCGCACUGACGACGAGAUUGAGGAGGAGCUUUGGGACGUCAGCAUGGUUGCAGAGUACGGCGAGGAGAUCUUUGAGUACAUGCGGGAGCUGGAGAUGAAGAUGCUCCCCGACCCUCACUACAUGGACAUUCAGACAGAGAUCCAGUGGUCAAUGCGAUCGGUCCUUAUGGACUGGCUCGUGCAGGUGCACACACGAUUUUGCCUGCUUCCCGAGACCCUAUUCCUCACCGUCAACUACAUCGAUCGUUUCCUUUCAUCCAAGAUCGUGUCGAUCGGCAAGCUUCAGCUGGUCGGUGCCACCGCUAUCUUCGUGGCCGCCAAGUAUGAAGAGAUUAACAGUCCAUCGCUUGACGAGAUUGUGUACAUGGUCGACAACGGAUAUUCUGCUGAGGAGGUCCUCAAGGCGGAGCGAUUCAUGCUCAGCAUGCUGAGCUUCGAGCUGGGCUGGCCCGGUCCGAUGAGCUUCUUGCGACGUGUGAGCAAGGCUGACGACUACGACCUUGACACGCGAACUCUCGCCAAGUACUUCCUGGAGCUUACCAUCAUGGACGAGCGUUUUGUUGCCACACCGCCAAGCUUCCUCGCUGCCGGAGCACACUGCCUUUCUCGACUCAUUCUUAAGAAGGGUGACUGGACUAAGCAGCAUGUCCACUACUCGGGGUACACCUGGAGUCAGCUGAAGCCGUUGGUUACCAUGAUCAUUGAGUGCUGCGAUCAGCCUCACCUGCACCACGCGACAGUCUUUACGAAAUACACAGACCGGCGGUACAAGGAGGCAUCUUUGAUGGUGCAAGCAGCCUUGGAGGCGGGAUUCACGCUCCCUCACCAGCUGCACCCCGUCCGAAGGGAACAGUCGCAUGAAGCUUAUCAUGAUAGCAGCGAUGAUUUGCAGUACAAUCCUCAUGGCCAUCUCGUCCCUAUCGAAGGAUGA